UUCAAAUUGGAGGGAUAUGUCUGGUGUGGUAGAAGCCUGGACGAGUCUUAUUGAAAUAUUCAGAUAUGGCCAACACAGAUGUUAUAGUUCACAAUGACUGAUUGCCGAGAUGCUCAGAAGGUGAAAGCAGACAACUAUGGAAGUGCAGUCUUACACAAUCUUGAUAAAUUACGCGAGAGGUCGGAACUUUGCGACUUUAAGGUGUCAGCAGAUGGGAGAGUGUUUGAGGUCCACAAAUGCUUGCUUGCGGCAACUAGUGAUUAUUUUAGGGUCAUGUUUGGAGGGGUCAUGACAGAAAGCAAACAGAACAUGGUAGACCUAAAAGGUGUAACAGCCGAUGGUCUGCAGUAUGUUCUGGACUUCAUCUAUAGUGGCGAGAUGCGUCUACAUUUCGACAAUCUCACUGAAAUUAUCAACACGGCCAGUCACCUGCAGGUGCAAUCCGGUCUUGAUCUCUGUAGUUCAUACAUCAUCUCUCUCAUGACCUUCGAUAAUGCUGAAGAUUUUUUAAGUAUCGCAGACACGUAUUCGCUGGAUAAAGUCCUCGAGCACUGGGACCAUAUGAUUCAGAGCAACUUUUACGAUUUCAGCCAGACUUCUCAUUUUCUUAAAAUGAAUACCGAAACGUUGAUAAAGCAUAUAUCAAAAAAUAAACUUAGAAUUUCGUCAGAAUAUAAAUUGUUUCGAUGUGUCGAAAAAUGGUUUUAUUUCAAUAAUACAAGAAUCACCUCUGAUGCAACGUCCAUUUUGAAUCAUAUACGAUUUCCGCUGAUGUCACAAAUGGAGUUGGCGUCUGUUCAGGAAAGUGAUGUUAUUAAAAGGUGUCCUCAGGGAGUACAAUUCGUCGCAAAGGGUUUCCGCUAUCACAUGGAGAGUAAAGAUGGACAUCCUAGUAUGGAAGUGGUAUCUAAUCUCAGGAGUGAAUCCCCUUGCUUAGUUUUUGUUCAUUACGGAUCAUCAUACAUACCCUUUCAAAUCACUGCUUACGAUAGUAGGACACGCAUGUUUUACAGAUUAUUCUCAGAUGUUAACGGGAGUAGAGACUGUCGCGUGGCUGUUAUUGAUAACUUUACGUAUGUUUGUCGGGUUGUUGACUUUGGGGGAGGGAGCUUAAUGAGUUCGGUGUUCAGAUUUGAUCCGAGGCAUUUAUGUGGGCAAGAACUGCGACCAAUGAGAAGACUAAGGCUUGAUUUCGCACUUGUCUCUGUUGGGAAAUUUAUGUAUGUAUUUGGAGGAUUAACAGACCAGUUUGCAAUUCUAGACUCGGUUGAAAGAUACAAUGUUUUGACAAAUAUGUGGGAAGACCUACCUCCCCUUCAUUCAGCAACACAUUCCCUGGCGGCCAUUAAGUAUGAAGAUAAAAUCUACCUCACGGGUGGGGUCGUAUUAUUGGGACCAGAACGGCAGGCCAUGAAUACCUUUAUUUGCUACCAUACUACCUCUAGGCACUAUGAGAGUAAACCAGGGAUGUUGUAUGCACGUAGGCUUCACGAUAUGAUCUUAGUUGGUGAACGGGUUUAUGUAAUGGGCGGGAUUCCUCGAACAGGUACCCCUCUUCAUGGACAAAUUCCAAUAGAAUAUUAUAGCCACAUUGCAAAUCAGUGGACACUGUUAUCCAGUACACUAAGUGGAAGAUCUAUUGGUCAUUAUAUAUAUUUUGAUAACAAGGUAUUAUCUUUAGGUCACGAGCACCACAAUGCUACUGAGGACGAGGUGUGGUCGUACAGUCCGGACUCUGACACCUGGGCUCGUCACAUAAAAGCACCUCAGAGGAUGAGUCUCACGCAAGCAAUGUGUGUUAAACUUUUUGUGAAUUUUGGCGACGAAAAAGUGAGUAAACUGUAUAUGAAAGAGAAAUGACUACAAAGGAAGAUUUGCUUGUGCGACUAA